UGCCGACGGACAGCCAGCCAACCAGCCAGCCGGCGGCCGGACUGCCCAGCUCCCAGCACGGUGCAGUGAUGACGACUUUCGACUUCCACGAAAUACGUGUCGCCCUACGAAGUGUGUCCGCCGCUCUCCGCCACGAAAAAUCAAAAAUACUCUUCUUCGAGUUGUGCCAUAAGGAAUCGUGGCGAUCGACACUGAACCUUUCGGAAAUAAGGAGAAUAUUGGAAGCGCUUCCACGACCCGCAUAACGACGAACUGCUUACGGGGACGUGCCACUUCACUGAACUAUUAAUGCGUUUACGAACCAGUAAGGUCGGAAGCGUUCUUAAUUUCUCAGCAUGAGCAAAUAACGACGAAGAACUAGUCAAGUGUGAUUAGCAUGAAAUUCGAAUUCUUGUCAUUUUUCAUAGCCACGGGACCAUACUGUACCACUUAGUAUGUGCCACUGCUGUAAAUACACCAAGAGACAAGACGAACACUGAGAAAGUGCGUUAUAAUACUAACUUCAUAGUUGUCAGCACCCUCGCACAUUUAUAUGUACGGUAGUUGCACGUUUCUCCGUGUAAAUCUAGGAACAGUCUAGUCACAAAAUCAUCCACACAUUCUUCUUUAUAUUUUAUUUUUAUUUUUAAAUACAAGUAUCCGUGGUUUUACUUUCACGACAGGCAUCCAGUGUGCAUUUGUAGUUUUGUUUCAGUUCGUGUGUUGAGUCUUACUUCUAAGUGGAGCAACGAAUACUUUCACUCCGACACAGGCUAUGUGUAUAAAUAUUCACUUGCACGUUCUGACGCGUUUUAGGGGUGCGGGAACUACCUGCACCGUCAACAAAGACGCGCAAGUCAAACCCAACCAGUGCCAUAUAUUGUGCUAGUCCAUUACUGUGAUCCUCUUGAAAACAGACACAUCCUUCAGUAGGUGUGAGCAGUUGUAAGUGACCGGGGGGAGGUUGCGUGUCCGGGAAGGCGUGACUCGGCGAGCAGGUGACCACCCGCGGUCGGAGGGAGCCCCAGAGAGCAGAGGAGGAGGAGGAGAUGCUGCUGGGGGUGGGUCUGGUGGCGGCGCUGAAGACGUCGCUGUGGCUGGUGCCGCUGCUGGUGGCCGGCGUGCUGUACUACCGCUACGACGCGCUCGACCCCGAGUCCAAGGUGGUGGAGGCGCGCCGCCUCCAGCCGCACUACGACUUCAUCGUCGUCGGGGGCGGCUCGGCCGGCGCCGUCGUGGCCAGCAGGCUCUCAGAGGUGCGGCGGUGGUCGGUGCUGCUGCUGGAGGCUGGAGGGGACGAGAACGAGGUGUCGGACGUGCCGUCGCUGGCGGCCUACCUGCAGCUCAGCGGCCUCGACUGGCAGUACAAGACGGAGCCCUCGGGGACCGCCUGUCUGGGCAUGCGCGGCGGCCGCUGCAACUGGCCGCGCGGAAAGGUUCUGGGCGGCUCCAGCGUGCUCAACUACAUGAUCUACGCGCGCGGCAACCGGCACGACUACGACACGUGGGAGGCGCUGGGCAACCCGGGCUGGGGCUACCGCCACGUGCUGCCCUACUUCCGGAAGUCGGAGGACCAGCGCAACCCCUACCUGGCGCGCAACUCGCGCUACCACGCCACGGGCGGCCUGCUCACCGUGCAGGAGUCGCCGUGGCACACCCCGCUGGCGCUGGCGUUCGUGCAGGCGGGCCAGCAGCUGGGCUACGAGCACCGCGACUGCAACGGCGAGCGCCAGACGGGCUUCAUGGUCGCGCAGGGCACCAUCCGGCGCGGCUCCCGCUGCUCCACGGCCAAGGCCUUCCUGCGGCCCGUGCGCCUGCGCAAGAACCUGCACGUGGCCCUCCGGGCGCACGCCACGCGGCUGCUCGUCCACCCCCACACCGCCGCCGCCUACGGCGUCGAGUUCGUCCGAGACGGCGUCCGGCAGGUGGUGCUGGCGCGGCGCGAGGUGGUGGUGUCCGCGGGCGCCAUCAACAGCCCGCAGCUGCUGAUGCUGUCCGGCAUCGGGCCGGCCGAGGAGCUGCGCCGCCACCGCAUCCCCGUGGUGCGCGACCUCAAGGUGGGCCACAACCUGCAGGACCACGUGGGGCUCGGCGGCCUCACCUUCCUCAUCGACGAGCCCGUCGCCAUCGUCCAGAACAGGCUGCAGGCGGUGCCGGUGACCAUGAACUACGUGCUGAACGAGCGCGGGCCCAUGACCACGCUGGGCGGCCUGGAGGCCAUCGCGUUCGUCAACACGCCGCUGGCCAACGCCUCCGCCGACUGGCCGGACAUCCAGUUCCACUUCGCGCCCGCCUCCAUCAACUCGGACGGCGGCGCCAGAGUGCGGAAGGUGCUGGGGCUGACGGAGCGCGUCUACGACGCGGUGUACCGGCCGAUCGCGAACCGCGACGCCUUCAGCAUCCUGCCGCUGCUGCUGCGGCCGCGGUCGCGCGGCCGGCUGCGCCUGCGCUCGGCCGACCCGCGCCACUACCCGCUCAUCGACGCCAACUACUUCGCCGACCCGCACGACGUCGCGACGCUCGUCGAGGGCGUCAAGAUGGCCGUGCGCACCGGCCUGGCGCCCGCCUUCCGCCGCUACGGCGCGCGCCUCCACUCGCUGCCGCUGCCCAACUGCCGCCACCACGAGUUCGCAUCGGACGCGUACUGGGAGUGCGCGGUGCGGACCAUCUCGAUGACCAUCUACCACCCGGUGGGCACGUGCAAGAUGGGGCCCGCCUCCGACCCGGAGGCCGUGGUGGACGCGCGCCUGCGCGUCCACGGGGUGCGCGGGCUGCGCGUCGUCGACGCCUCCAUCAUGCCGACCAUCGCCAGCGGCAACACCAACGCGCCCGUCAUCAUGAUCGCCGAGAAGGCCGCCGACAUGAUCAAGCAGGACUGGCUGCCGCCGCCGCCGCCGCCGCCCCCUGACCCCGGCAAGAGGGGGUAGCGCGGCCACUGUGCGGCCUCACUGCACGCCUGGAGGCAGGGCAGGGCGGCGUCCUCUGCCCCACGUCGAUGGCCGGAGCUCACACUCGCUGCAGCUGGAUCUUAGGCUGAAGAACCUCUGUGUUGUAGCCACAGGCGCGCACUUGUCGGGAAGAGAUUGUCAGGUUAUAAUCAGGCAUUCUCUCUCACCUGGGGCUGAAGUUUAAGCAAGACUUCGAAACACUGCAUUACUGGAAGUAGCUAUCCAGCUGAUAACCAGAGAUGCGUUCACUGAUGACCCAGUUGUGUGAAGGGCCAUCUAGGCCCUAGAAUUGAAUUUGGAAAAAGUCUGGUGCGGUUGCAUCUGUAAGAUGCAUCGGGGCUCUUCAUACUUUUCAUAAUUAGUCGUAUCUGUUGAAAGAAUCACUGAUGUGACGUUAAUUUAUUGGACUAGUACUCCUGCUGACCGCUACGGACAUACUGAUAGUCACUCUAAACACUGCACAAGAUCGCAAAGAUCUACGGCCAGUAACCACUUCGUGUUUUCAGAGUAAUAGCUGGUAAGGAGACAGACAGUUCAUACAUUGAGCAGUGUGUGAGAUUAAUUUUAUUUACCAUUUCUCAGAAGUAAGCUAUGGAAGAGAGAGCAAUCUUACCGUAAGUUAAGAUCUAGCUGAAACGUCGUCGCUUUACAUUGCUUCAAGACACAAAUGUGGCUGUGAGUGUGUGAAAAAGCGAGAGGUGGACUGCUGCGAGGAGUGUGUAUGUACGGACAGCAAACGUGGAUUAGAAACAAAGCUGGCAGAGACCACCGACAGUCGGGCAACGUGGGCAUUAGGUGGGGCAAAACCAAAGAGACACAAGAGUGAAAUGAGAAAUGCGAGUCUUACAGUCUCCUUUCGAAGUUAAUGGUGACAACCAAGUAUUUUAACAUGUUACGUAUAUUUGCUGAAUAUUUAGUCUCAUCAUUAAAUACGAACAUGUUAGAUGAAGUGUUAGCUUAUAUUCUUUUA